AUGUAUCUUUCCGGCGCGAUCCAAGAGGAGGACGAAGUCACGCCUGUAAGGAGAACCCCUGUUGUCCCUCGCGCAUGUUCGAUCAUUGAUAUACUGUAUCGUCAUGGCAGGUCCCACCAGGAACUAUCCCGGUCGCUAGAAAUCCGCGACGCCAUCCUCGAGCAGCUCUUCCCCACAGUAUCCCCGGAGUCGCUCCGCGGCCUGUCACGAGAGGCCCUGCGGCAGCUAAUUGAACGCCAGGGCCCCGGGGUGGAGGAAACGUCAACGGAAGUUCAAGAGGCUGCUCACAUCCGAGACGAGAGCGAAGAUGACGAGGCAUGGGACGAGGCAGAUAAGCUCAUGCAGCAUUCCUCGGCCUAUGACGAGGUAAACAACCUCUCGCUCACCUUUGACCGGUCGCAUUCUUACCUCGGUUUUUCCUCGGUCGGCAUCAUGCUCCACAGCAUUCUUGAGGUCUCCCCUAAAAUCCAAACCAAACUGGCACACGACCUGCAAGCUCACGCCUCUCAUCUAUCUAUUGCUCCGGACGAUGGAACCACACCCUCGAGUGGGGAAAUGCUCCUUACCAGUGAGGUUUGUAUCGACGCCUACUUCGCACAUGUCCAUGCCAUUACGCCGAUGCUCGACGAGGCUGAGUUCCGACGCCGGGUCCGAGAGAACAAUGCGGACGACGGUCCCUGGCAAGCUCUGCUGAAUAUGGUCGUAGUGAUGGGGGCCGUCGCUAUGGGCCAAUGGAAAAGCGAGUUGAUUCGGAACUCCUUCCACCAAGCUAGACGCUUCAUGAAUAUGGAGCUUCUGGGUUCGGUCCAAAUUGAAAGUCUACAAGCUCUGUGCCUUUUGGGUGGCUACUAUCUGCAUUUCCGCAGUACUCCCAACAUGGCCAAUGCCGUUCUCGGCGCCGCGUUUCGAAUGGCAGCGGCCAUGGGACUACACAAGGAGUCUAUUAUCACGCACUCUAUUAGGCAAACCCCAUCGGAUCAGUCAGAGGCUGAAAUGAGACGAAGAUCAUGGUGGAGCCUUUUCUGCCUGGACACCUGGGCCUCGAUGACGCUAGGGCGACCUACCUUUGGCCGCUGGGACGGAUCGAUGAUGGAUACAAAUUUGCCUGGUGAACACCACCACGAUCCUGCGGUGUCUAUCCUAAGGGCUAGUGUCGAAUUCUGUCUGGUCGCCACCGAAGUUCAAGAACGCUUUGCCCAGGCUAUUCCAGUAACGACGGAAGAGAUGUUCCAUUUUGAUCAACGCGUGCAAGAUUGGUACAAAGCGCUUCCGGCAAUUGUCAACCAGUCUCAUGGCGGCUUAACAAACAUCGCCAUAGCUCAGGCCUAUCUGAGAAACCGAUACUUGAACUUGCGGAUCCUGCUUUAUCGCCCUUUCCUUUUGCAGCUCUCACAGUCAGUCACGGCCCGGUCAGAUACCAUAGCGAUGGCUAUUGUUACGUGCCGCGAACUCAGUUUUGAGGCAAUCGCCAACAUCGCCGACUCUGUUAUGCCCAACACCGUCUGGGCCUGGAAUAGCACGUGGUAUCUCUAUCAAGCGUGUAUGGUUCCGCUGUUCAUCAUGGCCACUGAUCCACAACACAUUGAAGCCGGAAAGUGCAGGUCAAAGAUUCAGGACGCCCUUGUGGCGUUUGAGGCCCUCAUUCCUUGGACGCCGGCCGCUCAAAGAUCUCACAGCAUCGUGAAAAGUAUCCUUGAGGCAACCCUGAACUUAGCAUCGGGUGGCGAUCUAGUGGAUAAUCCUGAUUUUGACCUGCUAAACAUGGAUGUCAAUGGGUUCUGGGACUUGAACAAUGUGGGCCUAGACUUUGACUUCCUACUAAACUACAAUAUGAUGAAUGACUUGGACAGAUACGGGCAGGAUGGUUUAACCGGAAGUUGA